AUGAACGAUGAUAUAUUUGAGCUAAUUGACUUCAUACAAUUAGCUGUCGAUGAACAAGAAGUGCCCAUAAGGAAAUACAUCAGAGACAGUGCAAAUCCUAUGGAAGUGUAUACGCCACUGGAGUUUUAUAGAAGAUAUCGGUUCUCGAAAGAAAUAGUAAGAGACAAAUUAAUGCCAAUGAUAAACAUUGAAGACAGGCGGAACAAUCGUGGUUUACCAAUCCCACCUCUAUUUCAGCUUCUAACCCUUUUAAGGUUUUAUGGAACAUCCAACUUUCAAAUUGUUAAUGGUGAUUUAAGGCGAAUUCACCAAUCAACGGUUUCCAGAAUAAUAACACGUCUAUCCAAAAUUAUGGCUAGUAAUGCAAAACACCACGUACAUUUUCCUAGAAAUGUUGACGAAUGGAAAGUUGUACAGGAUAAAUUUUAUAAAAUGUACAAAAUGCCUGGAAUUGGAGGGUGCAUUGAUUGCACCCACAUUAAAAUUCAAAACCCAGGUGGUCCGGAUUCGGAAGCGUUUAGAAACCGAAAGGGUUACUUUUCUUUAAAUGUCCAGGCAGUAUGUGGUCCAUCAAUGGAGUUUAUGGAUAUAGUAGUUAGAUGGCCAGGCAGUUAUCAUGACAGUUUUAUUUUCAGUAGCAGUUACGCAAAUAAAUAUUUUGAUGAACGUACACAUAACAUGUUAUUACUUGGAGAUGGUGGUUAUGCAUGUAAGACUUAUCUUUUUACUCCAUUGCGAAACCCUGUAACACCACCAGAACUGAAAUAUAACAAAGCACAAAUUAGGACAAGAAAUAUUAUUGAAAGGGUGUUUGGAGUUUGGAAAAGAAAAUUUCCUUGCCUCCAAAGGGGUCUGGCCAAUGCACCUUCUACAAUUGUAAAUAUUAUUAUUGCAUGUGCUAUGCUCCACAAUAUUUCAAGAAAAUAUCAAAAUGCUGAUGACGAUAGCGAUGACGAGGAAGACAUUUUAGAAGAGGAGUAUGGAGAGUAUAAUGAUGACAAUAAUAUAUUAGGGCCAGCGGCAAGAAGUGCAUACAUCAUUAGACAUUUUAGUUAG